AAACAGAAGUAAACAUAGCAAAAAAUCAUAUCGUAGAUGAUUGAAAUUAAGGCCAAAUUGGUGCGUGCCGACUCGGCCAUCUAUGCCACGGGCGAACGCGUAGAGUGUUUGAUUGAAUUCACCCACAAAGUCUUUGCCGACGAGCAGCCGCCGUCCAAUAGGAAUGCCAACGAAGCAGGGUACGAGUUUCAGCCAAUGACGCGAAUUAGCUUGUUAAAUUCCAUAUUUUACAGCCUGGAGAACCUUGCCUGGGCCUCGGCACAGCUUCACUGCUACCGCAAGACCAGCUAUUCCACGCCCGCAGCGGACAAGACGCAAGAGCUGACCGAGCUCAUAGGAAGAACCGCCUUGGACGCGGUGACUCAGACGCCCGGAGAGGUGAUUGUGGCUACCAAACCGAAGAUACUGUUCUGCGACCUAAAGCUGCAGCCCGGCGAGACCAAGAUAUAUUUCUUUAAUGAAUUUGUGCCGCGCGAUGGUCCGCCCACAUAUCGCGGCCACGACAUCAGAUACUUCUACAAGAUCACCAUAGCCACGCAGCGGGUCAAGUCCAAGGUUCAGACACUUACAGUGCCCAUUCGCGUGCUUCCCAUUCCCAUUAUAGCCCGACCAGACGAGCUCCCGGUGACGGUCGAAACCAACGAGGAAUUGGCGCCCACCAAUCCCUUCCUGGAGAAGCGUGAGAUAAGCGAACUGGAGAUAUCCUGGCAUCAUCUAAAGAACGUGACUGCACGUCGGGCUCCAAAGUUCUAUCGCAUUUCGAACAAACGUGGGUUCGUUGGCCGCUUCUGCCUGUUCAAACCCGCCUAUAAGCUAGGCGAGGACAUUGUGGGGAGCCUGGACUUUGAUGGCUGUCAGGUGCGCUGCGUCCAGUUCUCGGUGAAGCUGCAGCAGCAGGAGCUUCCUAUCCGUCCACAGCCAGCACAGGCCCUGUCACAGUCGCAGUCGUCUGUCGGGGACGAUGCCUCCUCCAUACAAUCCUUUGACAUGGCCAGCAUAGCCAGCGGCGUGGCGGUGGACAGUAUGCACAGAUCGGCCACUUCGGGCAGUGCCCGGGAGAAGGACACACCAGCGCCUACUGGCAAACUCUCGACCAUCGCCACCACGCAUCAGGUGUGCUAUGCCACACUGCAGACGCAGGUGGUGGUGCCCAUUCCCCUCCACGUGACGCCCACAUUCCGUACCGACCUCGUCGAUGUGAAGUGGCGGCUGCAUUUUGAAUUUGUAACCAGCACGAUGAUGGAUUUCGGCGGCCCCAAUCCUGAGUCCGGUGAACUGAAGGCGCCCGCCGAGAUGCCCGUCGAGACGAUGGUGUGGAAUCUACCGGUCACCAUCUAUGCCGCCAAUCCGUUGCAGAUCUAUAACCCCAAUCAGACAUUUAAUCUUUUAAUUAAGUAAUUGCCAAGCAAUGUAAUAAAUCUAAAUUGAACAAUUGAACGACUA